CCAUCCUCUCUCCCAGACCAGCAAGAUGGGCAAAAAGAGCAGAGUGAAGACCCAGAAAUCGGGGACCGGUGCCACAGCUGCGGUUUCUCCAAAAGAGAUGAUGAAUUUAAUUUCUGAACUUCUGCAGAAGUGCAGCAGUGCUGCUCCCUCUCCUGGGAAAGAGUGGGAGGAAUAUGUUCAGAUCCGAGCUCUGGUGGAGAAGAUCCGUAAGAAACAGAAAGGGAUGUCUGUGUCGUUUGAGGGAAUCAGGGAAGACUUUUUCUCCGAGCUGAUGGCCUGGGCCGCAGAAUGCGGAGCUUCUUGUGAUGGUUUUGAGAUCUCCAACUUUGCAGACGAAGGAUAUGGUCUGAAGGCCACCAAAGAUAUUAAGGCUGAGGAGCUGUUCCUGUGGAUCCCUAGAAAAAUGCUGAUGACUGUGGAAUCCGCCAAGAACUCUGUCCUUGGGCCGCUGUACAGUCAGGACCGGAUCCUACAGGCCAUGGGCAACGUGACCCUGGCUCUACACUUGCUGUGUGAACGGGCCAAUCCCAGCUCUCCCUGGCUGCCCUACAUCAAGACCCUGCCUGCUGACUAUGACACCCCCCUGUACUUUGAAGAGGAGGAAGUGCGCCACCUGCUGGCCACACAAGCCAUACAGGACGUGCUCAGUCAAUAUAAAAACACAGCGCGACAGUACGCCUACUUCUACAAAGUCAUCCAUACUCAUCCGAACGCCAGCAAACUGCCCUUGAAGGAUGCUUUUACCUUUGACGACUACAGGUGGGCAGUGUCUUCUGUAAUGACUCGUCAAAACCAGAUUCCUACUGCAGACGGAAGUCGGGUCACACUGGCCCUCAUCCCACUCUGGGACAUGUGCAACCACACCAACGGCCUGAUUACGACAGGCUACAAUCUAGAGGAUGACCGGUGCGAAUGCGUAGCUCUCAAAGAUUACAAAGAGGGCGAACAGAUCUACAUAUUCUAUGGUACGAGAUCCAAUGCAGAGUUUGUGAUCCACAAUGGUUUCUUCUUUGAGGACAACGCACACGACCGCGUGAAAAUUAAGCUUGGUGUGAGCAAGAGCGAGCGUUUGUAUGCCAUGAAGGCAGAGGUUCUGGCACGUGCAGGGAUUCCUGCGUCCAGUAUCUUUGCCCUGCACUGCAGCGAGCCGCCCAUAUCCGCUCAGCUCCUGGCCUUCCUGCGUGUCUUCUGCAUGACUGAAGAGGAACUCAGGGACUACCUGGUGGGCGAUCACGCCAUCAACAAGAUCUUCACCCUGGGCAACACUGAAUUCCCUGUCAGCUGGGAGAACGAAAUCAAGCUGUGGACGUUCCUGGAAACACGGGCUGCGCUGCUUCUCAAAACCUACAAGACGACCUCAGAGGAGGAUCGCUCCAUGCUGGAGAAGCCUGACCUGUCCCUGCACUCCAGCAUUGCUAUAAAGCUACGGCUGGCGGAGAAAGAGAUUCUGGAGCGCGCCGUGUCCUGCGGUCAGGCCAAGCGCCUGCACUUCCAGAAGCAGCUGGACGAAGGAGCCCCGCUGCCGCUCUACGAAGAAAGUGACAUCGCCCUUUUGGAGAACGCAGAUGCCAAACUCCCCAUCAUCCUGCGCAAGCUGGAAGAAGAAGACGAGCACGUUCAGGAGGAGAUGAACCUGGCCGAAAUCAAGCCCGACGCUGCCUGCCUCGACUCCUCCAUAUCCCCUGUUCUUAACGGGCAGUGUAAAGAUCUCAAUGGUACUCAAGAGGAUCCUCCAGGAAGUGAUGCAGUGGUGAAAGGGUGUGAGGUUGAGAAGCACGACCCGAGUACCAAACGAACUGAAGGUGAACCAAAAGAUGGUGGCAAAUAGUCCUGACCAGAGCGCGGUGGCAAUCUUAGUUCCUGCUCUUUAUUUAUUUUUGUUUAAGAGACUCACAAAUAGGAGCAAACGCUUUCUAAACAAAAAAUGCAGAGGAUUUCAGUUUAAAUGUUUUUUUGUUUGUUUU